UUAUGAAAUUUAUUGUCAAAUAAAUUCAGCGUCAAUAUCGCAAAGAAUUUAGCACACCAUACAAAAUUAUGUGUAUAUCUUUCAUUCACGUUAUCGCCAAAAUUACCACAUUCCGUAAUCAUGGGAAAUCCGGCUCAGAGAAGUUCCCAUAGAGAAUUCUGGCAGUGUAGGCACAAUGAGUUACGCAAUGCCCAACUACUGGAGAUCCACCCAAAUAUGAAGCAACGCCUGGAAGGUAUGGAGACUACUUUUCAAACGUAUCCUCUCGUACAAAAUCAAAAUUGGCCAUCUCGGUCGAAAAGAUGUGGUUGUCCCACACCGGCGACGGAAGAAGCAAAUACGCAAAGUGGAAACACCAACCCUUGUACAUGCGAUACGUGUGUUUUGAGUAAUGUUCCUUGUGAUAUUCCCUGUCAAUGCAAUAAACAAGUUAAAGUUCAACAACCCACCCAAAAUAGUGACAAUUCCGCCCAAAUUGGUGAUCCUAAAGUGGUGAAAAAUAAUGACAAUGUACAGGGCUCAGUUAAAAGAUGCGGUUGUCCUAAGCCGAAUGAUGAAAUAAGUAAGCAAAAUAAAAAUACCAUAGAUGAGAAUUCUGUUCAAAUUGGAACCUUAGAUUAUAACUCUACCCCGGGAAACGAUGGAAACCUCAAUUCAUGUACAUGUCAAACGUGUACUUUGGGUGAUGUUGCUGUUGAUAUCCCCUGCAAAUGUAUUAAAGUUCCAGGAGGUUCACAACCUAACGGUACUCCAUCCAUAAAAAAUGCAGUUAAUGUACAAAAUGGCAAUAUAAAUCCUUGUUCAUGCCAAACGUGCCCUUUGGGUGACGUCCCUUAUAACAUUCCCUGUCAAUGCAUUAAAACAGCGCAAGCCUCAUCACCAAUACAAAGAAACGGCAAUUUUGGUCAAAACGCACAACCAACGAAAAAUGGAGCGAAUUUACAAACGUCGGUCAAAAAAUGCGGUUGUCCGUUUCCAAUUAAUAAUGAAGUAAACGCACAAAAUGGAAAUAUAAAUCCUUGUUCAUGCCAAACGUGUCCUUUGGGUGACGUCCCUUAUAACAUUCCCUGUCAAUGUAAUAAAACAGCACAAGCUGGACCACCAAUACAAAGAAACGGCAAUUUUGGCCAAAACGCAGCUACGAUUAACAAUUCGCAACCAACGAAAAAUGAAGCGAAUUUACAAAGGUCGGUCAAAAAUUGCGGUUGUCCGUUUCCAAUUAAUAAUGUUGUAAACGCACAAAAUGGAAAUAUAAAUCCUUGUUCAUGCCAAACGUGUCCUUUGGGUGAUGUUUCUUAUAACAUUCCUUGUCAAUGUACUAAAUCACAAAAUGUUCCACAACCCUUCACAAAAAAGGAAACUGAUUAUACCCCAAAACCGGUAAAAGAUAACAUAAAUGCGCGUGGCGCACUAAAAAAAUGCGGUUGUAGUUAUUCCUCAGAAAAUGUACAAAUUAAUAUGCAAAAGGGUACGAAUCCCAAUGGUUGUCUUUGCAAAACGUGUCCAUUAGCUGACGGUUCUUAUGGAAUUCCCUGCCAAUGCAAUAAAUCAACAGGAAAAGCACCUUCUCAAAAAAAUUACAAUUCUUCACAAAACAAAACCAUUCCCUCUAAGCCGCCAAUAAGCGAUGCUUGCAAAUGUGAUCCAUGUCCAUUAGCUGAUAGUCGUUAUCAAACUCCAUGCCAAUGUAAUGAAUCAACACAACCUACAAAAACAUCAAAUUCAAAUAAUUGUAAAUGCAAAACCUGUCCUUUAGACCCCUCUACUUGCCCAUGCAAUACAUUACAAAAGGAUAAUGAGAGUUGCUCGUGCGAAGAAUCGGAUAGCUCUUCAUUACCUGAUAAUAUUAGUGUAGGCCAAGAUGAUGCAGAAUAUGUAGAAAAACUUAGAAAAAUGUUGGAAAACGAAAAAACGCUAGGUAAAGAAUUGGAUGAUUUAGGUCGUACUAAAAAAUGUUACGAAGGGCGAGUAAAGGAAACACAAGGACUUACGGGUACAAGUGGUAGUGGCGAUUAUGAAAUACUUAAUUUAAAACGAUUAAACGAAAAACUCGAAGAAAAUAAUAAUAACCUUGAAGCUGAAAUUGAAGAGACCAUAGCUAAUAUUAAACAUCUCAAAGAAAAUGUAGAAGAACCAAUGAAAAGAGAAAUUGAAGCUGAAAAGAAAAAAAUUCGAGAUUUGGAGGAAAUCUUUCGACGUCAACAAGGGGGUGCAGAAUGUAAACGUAUGGCAGAAGAAAAAGAAUUUGAAUUUUUUCAAAGUCAGUUACAACAUGCCAACCAAUAUCUAGCUGAUUUAAAUAUGGUAAAUAAAAGAUUAAAAGAAGAAUUAUGCAUGUUAAACUGUCGAUGUAGUGAGUUGCAAACCGAUAUUAUCAAUCAAAAAUUAAGCGAAAUACAUACAAUCAGUCGCUUAUAUGCUCAAAAACGCCGUGAUAAGAAAAGUAUUCCAAAGAAACCCUCUAAAGGGAGUUCGGAUGGUGGAGACGAAGAUGGAUGGGACGGCGGUGGUGGAGGACCUCAACCUCGUCAUAAAGGUAGCCGACGAUCCUCAAGUUUAAGUUCAAGCCUUUCAAUAAGUUGUAAGGAUCUGUCCGAUAUAAAAGUGUGCCCUCAAGAUAGACCAUGCCCUGGCAAAGAUGGACAACCAAAAGGGGGAACAAGUCAAAAUGAAUUAGAUGUAAUCGCACAAAAUCUGGAGGCUUUAUUAACUCAAGCUGCUGAGUGUCAAUGUACUGACUCUGAUUUAGUAGACACGGUGAAGUAUAUCAAGGAUUUGGUGGAUAUGUUAAAUGUGCCUGAUACAGUACACGUUCCCAGUAGCGAAAGCUUACCUUACUGCGAAUGUGCUGAAGAUGGAAUUUGUAUUGAUGUUACUGAUGAUACAGUGCCCACAAAGGAUGUGGAACCACCGGUUGUAAUAAGUGAAGAAGAUGAAAUAUUAGGGCAGGAGAUAUUGUCUGUUUUAUUAGAUUAUUUGGAUGCACAAAUAGAUGAUACUCAAAUAGGUGCUAAAGUAAAAUGUAUUUGUCCUACACCGGAUGAAGUUAGUGUGCCAAUACCUCCAGAGGAAAGUAUUCCAACAGAGGCGCAAGGAGAAGAGGAAAAACCCGUCUCAGACGUUAUCGAUCGAAUUGAAGGCGAUGGAGAUGCACUUGGAGAAGGAGAUGAAGCACAAGAAAAUGUAGAAGCUGUACCAUUAGACACAACAGAUGCAAAAGUCGCUCCAUUAGACGCAAUAGACGCAGAAGUUGCUCCAUUAGACACAAUAGACGCAGAAGUUGCGCCAUUAGACACAGCAAAUGCAGAAGGUGAAGAGGCAACUCAACCCGAAGAAAUUUGUAAUGACGUCGAGGAAGUACCAGAAGUUGUAGAGCGGAGAAGAGUUUGUUACGGACCUCCUUGUUUAAAGAAGUUACCACCUUUAAAAGAUGUUCUUGCAAUAGGACCUGAUGGAAGACCAAUAAACGUAUUAAUGGGGGACGAUGGCAAACCGAAGUUAGAUGAAACUGGACAUUUAUUAGAUAUGAAUGGUCAUCGAAUACCAUCAAACUAUGUAUUAACAGCAGCCUUACCAGUAAUAGGAGAACAACCCAUCGAAGAAAAAGUAAUCGAAGACGCAGGAUUACUUGAAGGUGGUGAAGCAGAUGUGGUGUUAGAUGAACAAGAAAAACCACUUUUAGAGGAAGAAGUAGCUCCAGAAGAGCUACAAUUAGACCAAGAAGGUGUACCAGUUGUAGAUGAGAAAGGUGAUAUUAAUUUGGAUGAGCAAGCAGGAGAAAUCUUAGAUGUACCAGAAUCUGAAAUGGACGAAACCGGGAAACCAAUUUUAGAUGUCGCCUUAGACGAACAAGCUGAAGUUCUUGGCGAAAUCGGAGAACCAACUGUAGAUGUAAUGUUAGUUGAUCAAGAAAAACCAUUACUUGAUGAUUCUGGCCGCCUCUUUGAUGAAACCGGCGCCCUAAUUACUUGUAAAUCAUUUGGCAAACCACCAUGUGCAAUUGAUGUGGAUGAUACAAUUUUAGAAGAAACACCAGUUAGACCACCAUGUGAAAUCGUGGAUGAAGAUGUAGAGUUGGUGCCAUUACCGGAAGCAGAAACAACAGCGGAUAUUCUCCCGAGUCCUGAUGCGGAGUCCGUGAAAAUUAUCAGCAGAUCAACUGAAGGUGAUUACGUUACAACCGCAACAGCCUCUGGGAGUGAAUUACACAUUACAACCGAAGGACCCAUAGGAUUAAUUGAUACAACUGUUAAAUUGACCGAUUCUGGUAAUGUUCAAGUUCAUACCGACAUGACAGAGUUCGAAGAAGAAAAAAUAAUUGAUGAAGAAUCUUUAGCACCAACCGACGUAACUAGUGAACCUACAGAAGAAUCUGCACACACUGAAAUUGAUGAAGGUGCGAUAGGAGAUGUCGCUCGAAGCGAGGAAACAGAAGAAGAAACAACGGAAGUGGAGAGUGAAGCGACCGAGGAAGGAGCUGAUGAAGAAAGUACACCCGAAUCUAUUCCACCUAUCUGUGAAAUGGAGGAACCUGAAGAAGUUUCAGAAAUUGAAAGCGUUGUAAAAAAACCAUGUGUUUGUAAAUCUGAUAAAGCCUGUCAAUGCACGGCAACAGAUCAAGAAUGUCAAUGUGAAGAAGAAAAAGAAGAAGAAAAGGUGGACGAUCAAGAGGUAGAUCUUGGAGCUGAUGAGCAUAUUUGUAAACCAGAUAUUUGUGCUAGUGGAGAACGAGGAGGUGAUGGUCCCUGGAAAUGCGAAUGCGGGAAAGCCAAAAGUACAUUAUGUUCAGAAUGUGCUAAUAAAGAUGAUGAUGAUAAAGGCUCAAGGAUCCAAUUGGAUGUGACGAUCCGGUGUGAUCCACCAUGUUGCGUUAUCAAAAGCACAACAAGAUAUAAUGAUAGCGAUUCAAGUAAAUCUGAUAGCAAUAAUUCUGUUGACAAUCUCUCUGCAAUCAAAUCAAAAUCAGGAAGUGUUAAAGGGGUUCCUGCAGACAAUUGUGGUGAUGUUGGUAUUCAACAAAACUAUUACGAUUUAGAGGAUGAUGAUAAAGCUAUAUGUACCAUUCCUACUUGUCCCGUAUUAAUUGCUAAAAAUAAAGAUGUAGAUACAUUGGUCGAAAGCAAGGUAAAAUUAGGAAUGACUGAACAUUCAUCAGAUACUAAUGGUAGACAAAGCAGAGGACCUUGCUGCUCUUGUUCAAAACAAACCAGCACCGUAGAAACACCUCAAGGAAAUGCCCAAGAAACGCCUCAAGAAACGUCUCAAGGAGAAGCCCGAAAAACUAGUUCAAAGUCUUGUUCAUGUCGACUUAAAGGAUCAAGAACUACAAGCGGUAACGUAUUUUCAGAUAGGAAUGCUGUUUCAAAUUAUACUCAAUCAACAUGUGAUGCAUCUACAUGUCCCGUGAGAAUUCAAGUUUCACGGGAUAUAGAACAAGGUGUACCAGGAGAUCGAGAUAAACAGUGCACAUGUGGAGCACCAUGUUGUCAAAGUACUGUAAACGCUGCUAUAUCGCCUAUAAACGUAAGAGGUACAGGUUCUGUAUGUUGUCGAAGAAGUAGGCGUACAACACCAUUAUCCGGUGACAGCGGGCAACGCUCCUUAGUCAGUUCCAACACUAGAAAUCCGUGUUGUUGUGAUAGUACCGCGUUCGGUGGCACGCAGAGAAUUUCAUCAGGCAGAGGAAGUUUAAAGUUUGAUCUUUCAACAGGACCGAGUGGACGUUGUAUUUGUAACGGCAGUCAACCAUUUAGUGAACAAAGUUCUAAGUAUGAGGGAGGUUUUUCGCCUAUGUUAGAGUGUACAUGCUCAGAUGGUAGUACAGCCUAUGACACCCCACCACAACAAUGUUCAAAUUGCAAAUGCACUUGUGAUGGUGAUAGCCAACCUUUCUCUCAAUUUACUGGAUGUGCCUGUUCUGAACAGUCAACAGCCAUUAAGACCGUUGAUUUAGAUCUAAAACUUCCAGCAUCAGAAAGUAUUUUAGAAGACCCAUCGUGUACUUCGAGCACCUGCGAAGAAAGAGAUAAAACUUUAGAUAAACCUCAUGGAAGCAAUGAUUGCCUCAAAACCUGUGCUUGCAUUCAAGAAUCAGUAAGUACAAUGCGUUCAUUUGAUACAGAAGAAACCCCAAUGUGUAAACCCUCUUUUGAAUGUUUACCGAUUUGUGCUAAAGCCAUAUGUGGUAAGACGACAGUCGAUGCAAGUGUAAUGACGCCAUCUAAAUCGGAGUCGAUAGGUGAUAGUCAGGAUGUUGAAGGAACAUGUACUCCAAAAACUUGUAAAAAAGGUCGAGCAGCAUCUCGACGAUCAUGUUCCCUUCCUACUUGCAAAAAAAGACGUCGUCUUUCAAGUAAAGGUACGAUUGAAGAAGGAGAUGAAGAAACCAAGAAACCACCACCGGGUGUAAUGCUAGACGAAAAUGGACAACCAAUUUUAGAUGCAGAGGGGCACAUGCUAACUCCUAGCGGUCAUGUACUACCAGAUGGUGUACAAAUAGAUGCAGAAGGUCACCUCCUAACACCUAGCGGCCAUAUAAUACCGCCUGGUGUACAAUUAGAUGAAAGCGGUCACCCACUUUUAGAUGCAGAGGGUCACAUGCUAACGGCCAGCGGUCAUGUACUACCAGAGGGUGUACAAAUAGAUGCAGAAGGUCACCUCCUAACACCUAGCGGCCAUAUAAUACCGCCUGGUGUACAAUUAGAUGAAAGCGGUCACCCGCUUUUAGAUGCAGAGGGUCACAUGCUAACGGCCAGCGGUCAUGUACUACCAGAGGGUGUACAAAUAGAUGCAGAAGGUCACCUCCUAACACCUAGCGGCCAUAUAAUACCGCCUGGCGUACAAUUAGAUGAAAGUGGUCACCCGCUUUUAGAUGCAGAGGGUCACAUGCUAACGGCCAGCGGUCAUGUACUACCAGAGGGAGUACAAAUAGACGCAGAAGGUCACAUCGUAACACCUAGCGGUCAUAUAUUACCUCCUGGGGUACAACUAGAUGAAAGCGGACACCCUAUGUUAGAUGCGGAGGGUCACAUGCUAACUGCCAGCGGUCAUGUAUUACCAGAUGGGGUACAAAUAGAUGCAGAGGGUCACAUUGUAUCACCUAGCGGGCAUGUAUUACCUCCUGGUGUACAACUAGAUGAAAGCGGACACCCUAUGUUAGAUGCGGAGGGUCACAUGCUAACUGCCAGCGGUCAUGUAUUACCAGAUGGGGUACAAAUAGAUGCAGAAGGUCAUAUUGUAACACCUAGCGGUCAUGUGCUGCCAGAUGGUGUGCAAAUGGACGCAGAAGGUCAUAUGGUAACAGCUAGUGGCCAUGUAUUACCGCCUGGUGUACAAUUAGAUGCAAGUGGUAAACCACUUGUAGACGCAGAAGGGCAUAUGUUAACUACAAGCGGUCAUGUGCUGCCAGAUGGUGUGCAAAUGGACGCAGAAGGUCAUAUGGUAACAGCUAGUGGCCAUGUAUUGCCUCCUGGUGUACAAUUAGAUGCAACUGGUAAGCCACUUGUAGACGCAGAAGGGCAUAUUUUAACUACAAGCGGUCAUGUGUUACCAGCAGGUGUACAAAUGGACGCAGAAGGUCAUAUGGUAACAGCUAGUGGCCAUGUAUUGCCUCCUGGUGUACAAUUAGAUGCAAGUGGUAAACCACUUGUAGACGCAGAAGGGCAUAUGUUAACUACAAGCGGUCAUGUGCUGCCAGAUGGUGUGCAAAUGGACGCAGAAGGUCAUAUGGUAACAGCUAGUGGCCAUGUAUUGCCUCCUGGUGUACAAUUAGAUGCAAGUGGUAAGCCACUUGUAGACGCAGAAGGGCAUAUGUUAACUACAAGCGGUCAUGUGCUACCAGAAGGUGUACAAAUGGAUGCAGAAGGUCAUAUGGUAUCAGCUAGCGGCCAUGUAAUUCCGCCUGGUGUACAGUUGGAUGCAAGUGGUCAACCCAUAUUAGACGCAGAAGGUCAUAUGUUGACGGCCGAUGGAACUCCGGUUAUGGGCGAAGAUCUGGCGAAGAUGGGAGCAUUAGGACCAGACGGCACUCCUACUGGUGCACCUAUUGGAUGUAAAUGUAAAAAAUGCAAUAUUGCUAUUUGCGAGUGCAAGGAACCAGUUUGUGAAACAGAUCAACAUCCCCCCAAUUGUACUUGUAUUGAUUGUAUUUGUGAUCCAUCCAAAUUUGAUAGGAGUACCGUUGGAGAUGCAGCACACCCUCCGGAUUGUGUUUGCGUAGAUUGUUUAUGUGAUCCCAGCAAUGGUUUUUUAAAGACUUCUGUAGAAGUAGAAGGCCCUAAAGAUGCACACAAAGUUCCUUGCGAUUGCCAAGUAUGUUUGUGUACUCCCUGUGCUGAUGAAACUAAGAACUUUGUUUGCCCUACAAGUCUUCCACCGCAUCAUCCAGAUUGCACAUGUGCAGAAUGUCUUUGCGAGGAAUGCAUACACGUGCCAGAUUGCGAUUGUCCAGAGUGCAUAUGCGCUCGAUGUGCUCGUUUCAAUGUUCCAACGAAUCCAUGCACAUGUCCUGAGUGUGUAUGCGCACCAUGCGGAGACACAGAAAAGUUUCCAGAAGCUGAACGUCAAGAUGCUGGUGAUAAAUUAUUUGAACAAUAUCUUGUCGAAGGUGAUGCACCUAUCCCAGGUAUGAAAAAAAUAGGUGAGUUAUGUGGAUGUGAACCAAUGGACCAAGACGAUGCAAGUAAAAGUGGAGCAUCUAAACAACUUGAUGCGAACGAAAAUUCUUUACCACCAUUAGGUCCUGGAAAGACACGUCAUCCUGAUUGUAAAUGCACUCCAGACUGUGAUUGCGAGAAAUGUCUUGAUAUUCCCCCUUGCGAAUGCGAAGACUUUUUGUGCGAAAACUGCGCUGAUGAAAACAUGAACCGAAAGAAACGUGAAUUUGAAGCACAACAUAGUCCCGAAUGUGAUUGCCCGCAGUGUAAAUGUAAUCCCUGUAGGGAUAAAAAUAUGGACCUUACAUGCGUUUGUGAUGAGAAUUUUACUUGCGAAAAUUGUUUAGGGAAGAAAGCAGGAGUUACAUGUGAUUGUGACGAGAAUUUUACUUGUGAUAACUGUUUAUAUAAAAAAAAGAAAGAAGGAGACGCCGGUGGAGAAGGAGCAGAAGUGGAAAAGGGAAAGGAAAAGGAUGAAGUAGUAUCCCAACAUCCUGUCGAUUGUAAUUGUUCAUCAUGUAAAUGCAACCCUUGUGUUGAUGAUGUUAUAGAAGCGCAAAAAAAAGAACGGGCUAAAGCUUGUGAUACUGGUGCUGAAAAAAACGAUUUAUGUGAUUGCUGGUUUUGCAUGUGCAAGUCGUGUAAGGAUCCUAAAAUUAGAGCAAUUACGAAUGCUCCCAUAUCUUCAAUAUUUAAAAACUGGGAUCAAGUAGAUAUUCCAGAUUUAAGUCCGUUAAAAGAUGCUUUUAAAAAGACUUCCCAGCAGCCAAAUGGUUGUCAAUGUCACGAUUGCGCGUGUGACCCUUGCAAACUAGAUCCAUUUCGAAGUUCUCUUAAUACAGGACAUGGAGGAAAAUGCACAUGUACGUCUUGUACAUGCUCCGGCAGCAAAAAUAAAGCCGAGAAGAAGGAACAUGGGAAGGAAUGUAAUUGUGAUAAGUGUGUUUGUGAUCCCUGUGACGAUCCUAUAUUUCGAACUAAACGCACAUUGGAGAAGCUUAAAAAAGAUAUGCCAGAACCACAUAGCGCAGAUUGCGAUUGCCCCAUAUGUCGCUGUGCUCCUUGUAUGGACCCGAAGCAUGGGCCAGGUUGCAAAUGUCCCGAGUGUGUUUGCGAACCUUGCCCUAAACAACCACAACCUACGGAUAAACAUGGACAAAGUUGUAAAUGCCCCAUUUGCUCUCCAGUCUCUGCCCCACACGGACCAUUGUGUGAUUGCCCACAAUGUCUGUGUAAACCAUGCGCUGAUGUGAAUAUUGCAUCAAGUCAAUCUAUGGAAGAUAAACAUGGACCAUCAUGUCAAUGCCCAAUUUGUGGUCCGUUGGCAGUAAAUCACGGAAAAGGUUGUAAAUGUCCUGUAUGCGCUCCAAAGGAUAAAUCUAAACAAUCUAAGCACAAAUCAAAGUCGAAAUCUAGUCGGCCUUGCAAAUGUGUUGGAGCGUGUUCUUGUGGACCUUCCAAAAAAAAACAAAGGAGUAAAUCUACAGACGAUGAUUUGCGCAAAAAAAAGAAAUCGAAAGAUAAUGUUGCUGGUUGCAAAUGUAAACAUUGCCAGAAAAGUGCAAAACAGGAAAACGCAUCUCCUGAUAAUGCAGAUCGAAAGAAGGAAAUAGAAGAACUAGAAGCUCUGAUGGAACAAAUUCGCUGUUCAUGCGACAGUGCAGAAGUGGAUGCUGCAUGUCAUUAUUCUGGUAGUGCUCCAGCACCACCUCCUUGCCCAUUGAAGAUACUCGAUCUUCAAAAUUCAUUAAAAAGCCUUCAACAAAAAUGUGAAACCAAAGAUAAAAUUAUUCAAGAAAUGCAAGGCAAGUUACAAGGAAAACCCGAUUCAGGUUCUGUAAAUGCUAUACCAAAUAACACACCACUACCGCCACCUGGUCCGUGCGGAAAAUGUGCACCAACGGCAGCGAUCGUAUCGAUUAAAGAAGUUACGCGAAUAUCAUCAGAAAGUGUUUUAGUUAAAUGGACACAACCGUGCAAUAAUCUGGUAAUAGGGUACGAAGUUAGUGUUAAUGAUGUACUACGAUCACGCGUACACAGUGCUCAAAGGAAUUCAGCCGUGGUAUUUGGAGUGCGCUCUGCGAAAAAGGCAACGAUAUUAGUACACGCUAUAACUCAUUAUGGACGUUGUGAACCACCUGCCAGUUAUGAUUUCGAAUCUUAAACAACAUCAUUAAAAACAUAUUUUAUUUCUUAACAUAAGAUAAAUCAUACUGUGAAAAUAUCAAAUAAAACAGACAGAAAUAUAAA